UGGGGAGGAAAAUGGCAUGUGCUUCUCUUUCAUCUUCCUCUCCUUCCGGUGCCUGUUGUGGUGUCGCUGCUAUUCCUCAUCUCAAUUCCGUCGCUUCUCCGCCACCAACGGCUUGGCUAGGGCGGCGUUGGCUCCGUCACGACCAUCAUUAUAUCACUAGAGCCCGAAAUGUGUCUGUACGAUUAGCUAUUGCAGGGGCUGUGUCGACAGUGCCACAGCCACAUCCGCCCCUCUCUACCACCAUUGCUAGGGUUAGGGUUUCAUCCAGUUACCUAUACAUCAACAAGAAAAGGAAGGUCAAGGCCACAGAAUCCGACGUGCAAGUGGAAUCAUCAUCAUUCGAAGUUGAUUGCGUAGGCACUGGGCUCGAUGUCGAAUGUGUUGUUCCAUCUUCUUCUACUUCCUCAAUCACAAAAUUGAAGGACGAAACAGAUGGAGAAGAAUCUUCAUUGAUAUUGCUGAGUGAAGUGUGGGAAUGGGUGUUGCUGGUGUCGCCUUUCUUUUUUUGGGGCACGGCUAUGGUGGCUAUGAAGGAAGUCUUGCCUAAGACUGGUCCGUUCUUCAUAUCGGCAUUCCGUUUAGUACCCUCCGGCUUUAUGUUGGUCGCAUUCGCUGCCUCACGAGGCCGGAGUUUUCCGUCUGGACUCACUGCCUGGCUCUCUAUCAGUCUCUUCGCUCUCGUUGAUGCUACUUGUUUUCAGGGUUUUCUUGCUGAAGGGCUACAGAGGACAUCAGCUGGUCUUGGCAGUGUGAUAAUCGAUUCACAGCCUUUGACAGUGGCUGUACUUGCUGCCUUGUUGUUUGGUGAAUCGGUCGGGUUUGCUGGAGCUGGAGGGCUUGUGCUUGGUGUCAUUGGCCUUUUACUUCUUGAGGUACCUGCGCUUGCCUUUGAUGAGAAUAAUUUCUCAUUGUGGGGGAGUGGAGAAUGGUGGAUGCUUCUUGCAGCUCAAAGCAUGGCUGUUGGUACAGUCAUGGUCCGCUGGGUUUCCAAGUACUCUGAUCCUGUGAUGGCUACUGGGUGGCACAUGAUCAUUGGUGGCCUUCCUCUCGCAGUGAUUUCAAUUCUUAAUCAUGAUCCUGCCAUUAGCGGUGGUUUAAAGGAGCUUACAGCAAGUGAUCUGUCAGCACUUCUUUAUACGUCCAUCUUUGGAAGUGCUAUUAGCUAUGGUGUAUACUUCUACAAUGCUACAAGAGGUAGCCUGACAAAGCUUAGCUCUCUAACUUUUCUAACCCCCAUGUUUGCUUCAAUUUUUGGAUUCCUUUGUCUUGGUGAGACCUUCUCUCCUGUGCAAUUGGUUGGAGCACUUGUUACUGUAGUUGCAAUAUACUUGGUUAAUUCCAAGGAUGGCGUGGAAUGAAGUAUGCAAAAAAGGUCAAUGCCCCUAACCUGUAAACAAAGAAAGCCAGAACAUGGUAGGCUGGUUGACUCUACAUCAACUCGUCUUCAGCAUAUUCAUGUAAAUAUGAGUUCAGAACAAAUUGGUAUUACUAUCUGAAAUCUGUAGCAUCAUGGCAUACCAUUCUAUAGGCAUAGGAUUGUAGUAGGUGGACCCGUAGUCUGAACUAGGGGUCAGGAUUUUUCCUGGAAUAGCAUUUGUUUGGGGAGAAGGUUAGGAGUUAGAAUUCAUGCCUCAACAUUUCAUUCCCAAUGAAGUAUUGGUUCGAGAUGCCCCAGAGAACAUGAAAUAUUAUGAUGAAACUUAAGUUUGUUCACCCAUUUGGAAAAUGUGGGAAUGCAUAAUCAAUCUCUGGUAAUUUUGAUUUUGUUAAUAACACUUGGCUAUGUGAUAUUUUGAGUCAAUGACAAAAUAGAUCUAGUCCACAAAACAAUUCUGCUUACAAUGGAAAACUACAAUGAAGGUUACAAGUUUGCAACCACUGAUGCAAAUGUUCGAAUGAAAGAAAUAACUGAAAGGAUCAGUCACAUAAAGUCAAGUUGAAGCAGCUGCAGUAGGUAGCUGUGUGGGAAGACCUCUGCUGGAACCAACCUAACCUGCUUUAUCCUGGUGUGUUGACAAUCAGAUUCCCUCUUUUUUCCACUCAACCUUCUUCAAGCCUCGUCCAUGUCAUGGCCUAACUCUGAGAAGGCAUGUAUAUGGAAGCCCAGGGGACUCCGUUCACACUCCCUGGUAUUAGACCUGGAUGAGGUCCAGCAGUUGGUUAAAUUGGCUGAGUUGCUUCCCAUGAAGAAGAAAUCCAGCAUUGUUGAUCACCCACAAAGCUGUUGCUCCCUGAAGAUUCUUGCUCUUCCAUAUCUCCGUCUCCCAUUGUGCCCCUCCUCACUGUCACAUACUUGUGGAAGCUCGGUUGCAUUAGAUCAUCACUAAUGACCACCUCAGACUCCACAAAUGGGUCCUUGGUCUGUAGUCUCUUUUUUCCAACUGAGUUGGCUCCGAAUGGAGUAAUGUAAUUACUUUUAUUAGAUUGCUCUGACGUGGGGUUUCUUCUUCUGUCAUCAGAGAGAGCACAAGACAGAUUGGAGCUAGUGCUUGAGUUCAGGUCGGCAACUGCUUCCAGGAUGGAGCAGGCCUUGCUGACACAAGGAGGGAGAGUAAAAGCAGGAGUAUUGGUGGUGUUCUUUUGGUGGAAGUUUUGAAUAUCUUCGAGCAAUAGGGCAGUGUAGGAUGAAGUAGGAUUCAAUAAAGCUUCAG